UUAUUUAAAUUGGUGUGGAUCGGUCGUUUUUGAUACUCGCUGGUGAACUUUAGUACUAAGAUGUUGUACGUGUACCUGUCCUCGGUUUUUAUAGUGCUUACAACUAUUUCUAUGUUCCUGAAGAAGGAUAAAAGUGGCAAGGUGACAAUGGGCGGCUGGCUGAGCUACUUCUGGUGGGGCGGCGACCCCGACGUGGUGAAUCCAGUGUCAGGCCUCACGAGGCGUGAGGUCAGCCUGGUGCAGAAGUCCUGGGUGCCUGUCAACGCAGACGCCAUUAACACUGGCGCUGAACUGUUAAAGAGAUUCUUCAUCGCAUUCCCGGAAACCAAAGAAUUCUUUAGGAUGAUAAAGAAUACGCCUGAAGAUCAGUACCUGCAGAAUCCACAGUUUAAGGCUCACGUCAUCAAUCUGAUGACGUCAUUGAACCUUGCAGUGGAAAACCUUAACCAGCCAGAGGUAGUGGCCGCCAUGAUGAAUAAGCUCGGAGAAUCCCACGGCCGGAGAAAGAUCCAGGAGAAAAAUUUCAAUCAACUGAAAGAAGUAAUAGUGAAGAUGUUCAUCGAGGUGUUAAAAUUGGACGACGUGACGCUCGGGGCCUGGGGCAAGACCGUCGAGUUCUGGUACAAGCACAUAUUCGAGACUCUCAAUAGAGCGGAACAGACCAGAUAACAUACACAUUGUCAACCAAUUACACUUUAAAGACUAGUUUAGUAUCUACAAUGGUUAUUGUGAAAGGCAAACUCAAUUUGAUCUGAUGCACGAUGAUAGGAAAAUGACCGAACUCGGAAUAAGACGCUAUUUGUGCAUGUUGGGGACUGCGCUUUGAACGUGACUUUUAAAUACAGUUUUUAUUUUAAUUUGUAUUUAAAAAAGAAUGUCAUACAAAUGUAUUUUAAGUUUACAUUAUUCCACUGAAUUGUCUUAAGCUUAAAAUAUUUAAGCAGACUAUUCCACUUUUUUUGUUAACUUUUCUAAAUCUGGUCUUGAAAAGGUCUCGAUAAAUGGAUAAUGAAUUUACUAUUCACUCUAAAAGAGUUUGCUUUACUCUGUGUUCAAUCAGGCUGAAUAAUUCAUACUGCAUAAUUGUGUUCGGUAACGGUCAGUGUUGGGCGCCAAGAAUCGAUUUUAUUUCAUGAAUUUUCCAUUCGAUUGGUAUUGUCCAUAAAAAGACACAAACAGAAAUACAUCUUGUAUUUUGUUUGUUGUUGAAUUUAUUGUAGUCGUGUUUUUAACCAUUUAUUAAAAAGUAGUUUUAUGUCUUAAUCUCCCUUCUUUUUUCCUAGGCUGUUUCCUUGUUGUUAACACCAAAAUGUUAAACAACUUAUCAAUUUCUUAUUUUUUCCUCACAUACCUAUGACUAGGUACGAUGUGUAAACUUUUAAUUCUAUUCUAUUGUUGUAGGUUCCAUUUUAUUCAAUGACUCACAUCUAGGUGUUUUAUGUUCACUUAAAAAUGAUUUUGUCAUAGAUGUAAAUUAUCUAUUUUUAUUAUUAUAAUAAGACGCAUUUAAUAAGAUUGUAGUUUAGAUUUAAAUGCUUCGACCAUCUUCCAUUUUAUUGCAUAGUGUAAAUAGCUAUAUUUGUAAAUAAACCUGUCGAUUUUUGUACAUUGUACACUUGUUAAACCAAAAAAUAUAUUAAGUAAAUAUUACAUAUUCAAUAUUGUCAAGGAUUUUAAUUACUGGUUCAUUAAAUUUUAUAUUGAA